AUGAAUAACACAGCUGAUGAACAGGGGUCUGCUUCCCACGAUAGUGCCAAGCUGUCAGUCACAUCCAAUUCCGAAGAACGCGCUCUCGAUAAUCAUAAGCAACUCGCACAAUGGGUUGCUCGGCAUGGUGGUUUCAUCCAUCCAAAUCUGAGGCUGAAGUAUGCUCCUAACAAAGGUUACCACGGUGUUGUCGCAGAUGGAGCAACUAUCACUGCGCAUACACGGGUGGUGGUAUGCCCAAUAUCUAUCAUGAUGUCUGCGUUAAACGUUCUCAAUAUUGCACCCUUCGAGCAACACGGCACCAGCUUUCCCAAACCAUUCCUGCAAAGAUACCAAAGCGCUACCGAUACUUUACAGGCCUUCUUUCUGAUGGAGCAAUAUCUUCUUGGAGAUAAAUCAUUCUGGGCUCCCUACAUUCGAACUCUGCCAACUGUUGAGGACGUCGACGCAGCUCAGUUUGAAGCCGAAGAAGAUCUGGCAUGGAUUCGUGGGACUAACCUUGAAGUAGCUUUAGCAGCUCAAAAUCGAAAAUGGUUACAUCAAUUUGAAGACGUGAACAGAAUGCUGAUGGAGCUCGACUGGAAUAAUGCCAGAAAUGGUGCAUACGACUACAGACUGUUCAGAUGGGCCUCGAAAAUCUUUGGAACACGAAGCUUCGUCUCCACAGUGCUAGAUGACACUGCGCCGGCAGACAAAGCUCGACCUCUUGGUCGGAAGGAUCCCAACCACCAGCUAUUAUACAAGUUGUUUUCUGAGCGCUUUGCCGUUUUGUUACCUCUUCUUGAUAUUCUCAACCACAAACCAGCGGCUCUGGUGGAGUGGCAGGCCCGCGUGGAUUUUGUGGGAUUGCAGAUUGACGAAGACUAUACUUCGGGUCAGGAAGUAUUCAACAAUUAUGGCCCUUUAGACAACGAAGCGCUUCUAAUGAGCUACGGCUUCGUCCUGGAGGACAAUCCUUACGAGCAUGUUCUCAUCAGCAUAAAUGCACAUCCCGGUACACCUCUCGAGAUCGCACGAACAUGGCCUCUAGACGACCGAUCGAACGAAACAUUCAAUUGCUACAUUUAUGAGAUGAUACACCACCUUGUAAAAGAGUCAAGAUAUAUAGAAAGAGCACUAUUUUCAUUCGAUCUAUUGGACAGUAUAUCGGUGAUGAUAAGCAACGAGCGAGAGUUUCAAGCCAUGAGUACGAGACGACAAACGUUGAUGAGCAGCAGUUUGCCUGAAAAGUUCGAUGACUUCAGGAACAUGCUUGCGACAUUGGCGCAGAUUAUGUAUGACAGCGGUUCUCGAGCAAGACGAAUACAGGCAACGGACCCCUCGCGGGCAAAUCCACCUAUCGAGGCGAGAACACAGAAGCAAAAGAAUGCGCAGAUUUACCGGCACAAACAGGUGAGCAUCUUGCAGACUGCUGAAGGCGUUUGCGCCUUUGUGUUGCUCAAUGCCAGCACUGAUCAGCAGGCUUCAGACCUGCUGCUUAGUAUGCGAGUGAAACUUGCAGAGAUGAUUACCCCUGGUCUUGAAGAGUUUUGCAUGCGCCUGCAGUUUAUAACCAGGAGGAACGAGCUCUUCACUGCUGCAUCUCUUAUCCGUCUUUUCCCGUCACCACAAGCAAAUUCUGUGCAAUCUUGUCUAAGAGACAUUGAAAGUGCAAUCUUGGAGGCUGUACCACACCAUAUGCGCCCCCACAGUGACAAGGUGAAGACGAGCAUAGCUAUUUCGCUUUCGUCGUUGUGUCAAGCAUAUCGGUCACGCACACAACUUCCAUUCCGACUUGCAAGCUGGUUCGAGGAGAUCUCAUCCUCUUAUCCUCCAGAAGAUCCUAACUGGAAUUACGUUCCACCUCCUGGCCCAUGGGCGCCGGGUGAAGAGCCACCACAGGCGUUGAUGUAUCUGCUGGACUCUUUACCGAAAGUGAAGGACUCUCUAGGUAAGGAUAGCGCGAUGACGGCCUGGCUCGAUCCUGAGAAAGUCUGCUGGGCAUGGAAUGUAAUGGAAGAGGAGGGCGUUCGAGUUCCGAUAGAGAUCGAGCGGUUUGUGAGCGAAGACCCUGCACAGGUAGAAGGAUUGUUUGGCUUCAUGAUCUACUGCAGACAAUAUGAUUGA